AUGGGAUACAACCCUUUCGACCCUAUUGCUGGAGCAAAAGUCAACGUGCUCUGUGUGCCAGCCGGUCAGAUAACGCCAGACCGGUUUCAGAGAUUUGUCAAAACACUACAGAGCUCCGCCAUUGUCCAGGUUGAGGACAUCGAGCCUUCGGAAACCGGCCAAGCGCAUCGCAAUGGCCGGAUAUUUUACGAUAUCUCGACAUAUCAAGAUGCGCGACGGCCGGAUCUUUUCCCCUUUGAAACGAACAGCCGGAGUCAAAUACUGCUAGGCCUCAUUGAUGGCGACAGAGUCGAAGGACUCUCACAGUCAGCCUCGCGUAACCAAGCGGCUCCGCAUAAUGCGUCUGUUGUACUUCAGUCCAUCAAAGAUGCUUUUUUACACCAGCCUCCGUCGAUAAGCGGCUUACUUGUGCGCCAACUUAUUUGGUGUGGGAGACAACCUUCAGCCGCACUAGGUGAAGACAUCCUUUCAAUGCCAGAUGAAGAUAGCAGAGCCGCCGCGCAUCAUGUCAUGCUCGCUUUGUCGCGAGCGUUCAUGAGUCGUACCACAGACACGAUAGAUGGGCUUAGGGAUCGGCCGAUUAGUAUGGUCCCGGGCAUGCUACCAGGCAUCAGCUCCUCGCUUCCCUUGCGAGGUGGCCGCACACCCAAUCCUGACGACGGAAAUUCUACCCCAGCAACGACACGAUCUCCAAACGCAACCUCUAUGGCGCACGAGACCGAAGCACAAAGCGACACCUCUCGAGGCCGCUUCAACAUCAUCCAAGGCAUGCUUCGACUACAGAAUGGCCUGUGGAGCCAUGCACUGGACUGCCUCUCUGAUGGAAUUUCCGUUGCACAAAACGGCCACGACCACUUGUGGCACGGAAAAGCCUUAGAAAGCCUCCUUGUAUGCAUGAUACUGUUGUCGUGGUCGGACUCUAAAUUUACCAUACCUCAAGUCUGUCGUUCUCUUCCCAACAGAAGCGGCUACCUUCAGACUGAUUCAAGUCCAACAUCAACAGACUCUGGCAAGGCGCUUGCUCAAUUGAUGCCGCCAAUCGUCGAGACUGUUAUUGAACUCUAUGCGAAUGUCUCGAAUUUAGACCUAGGCGGAGCUCUGCAGGACGUCUUACGGGAGUCUCGUAUCAGGCUUGUGAACUUGUUGGUAUGCGUGAAACGGAAUGGCAACGUCUUGAGUAAAGACUGUCUCAACCAAAUCAUAACAGGACAGCUAGGUCUCGGAGAAAACACAGGCGAACCUGUUGCUAUCUCCAAGGCUGGUCUGGCUAACAUUCUGAUCGAGACACUCCAAACAGCCCAGUCAAGCAACAGUAUGUGGCACUACACGACUACACUCGUUGCCGUAUCCAGCAGCUUGUCGACCCUGGGACUGGAUCGGAAACACGCAUUCUAUUUGAAGAUGCUGUUGCAACAACUGGUUCCAAGGCUUAUCGAGGCGAGGAAAGUCGGAGCAUCUGAGGUGGGAGUACAUCCUGCUGCAGGUCUUCCACCUGUUAACAACGCAUCCCAAGGAAUCAUUCCGGAGAUGGCUGUUGGGACAAGACUUGCACUGGACCUUGCCGCUGCUGCGUAUGGCUUACCUCUGACCCCCGUCCCUCACCCUCAGGAAGUCAUUCCAGCGAGGCUGGAAGCCAUACAAUCCAAACUGCGAGCAUGGGCCAUCGAGCAUAGCUUCGGAGACACUUUAUUGAAGAUAGAAAUGCUACGAAUCUGUGUCGUGGUCUGCGACGCUUUGCCAGAUAUACCAGCAAGCUUACACUUUACAUCGAAUAUCCUCCGGGCUGCAAAGCAAGUAAUCACCAUGCCUCUCCAGGAGCCAUGCUUAGCUAUUCCGCUAAUCACAGCGGAAGAACAGAACAAAUUUCUGGAAAGUUUGAAAAGGGCUAUUGCAGCAGCGUCGCGCAUUGGUGAGAAUGGCCAUCGAGCAGAGUAUUGGGACGACUUUCUUGUCCGAGACGUGAAGGUGUUCGAACACGAUUCUUUCACGAAACUCAUUCCACAUAAGCCAAGCGACCUCUCUAUCAAAGGCACCAGUCUUGUCGAGACCGUACGCGACCCCUUCAUUUACAAUCCCUUCUCGAAAGGCAAGUCAGUAAUCGCUGCGCCAGUACUGGUUGCUGAGGAACUGGCGACAUUCGCCGUCGUAUUGCAGAACCCACUGGAAGUCGAUGUCGAGAUUGAUCAGAUACAGCUUAUCACCACAGGCUGUGGAUUCGCGGCGUCACAACACAGUAUAGUGUUAGGGCCAUUCUCGACGCAGACAUUUACGUUGACUGGCAAACCCUCACGAAGUGGCCAUAUUGAAGUCAUUGGGUGUCGGGCGACCAUCCGAAACUGCUACGCCCAAGACUUCCUCAUCUUUAACAACAGUUGGAAAUUGCCAUCUGCUCCCAAGGAUGAUGCUGUGGGCAGAAUGAGGAGAAAAUAUAAAGGCUUCUCUGAACGCGAGGUUGAGACAGACACAGAUCUCAAGUUUCAGUCGCCAGUCCCGACCCCCUUAAAACUGAAGGUCAUCGAUCCGCAGCCACGGCUGACUAUCAAACCUACAGAUUUAGACACCGCAGCUAUAAUGUUACUAGAAGGCGAGCUCCGUCGCUUUGAGUUCAAACUGGUCAAUGAAAGCAACACCAUCUCGGCCGAUUUUGUACUAGUUACAACAGAGGACUCUGUCACCUCGCGAUUGCAGGAUGCUUUGGCAAGCAAAGACCUCAUUCCUGCCGAUCUUUACGAAAUACAAACGCAGCUAGCGACCAAUCCGGUUGUGGUUAUUGAAGACAAGGAUCGACCAGAUUCAGAUUCACCACUGAACCCGGGACGGAGUAUAGGGUAUACGGCCAGUAUUGUUGGUAGGCCCGGCCUUGUGAGCGCCACUGUCCAAGCAGAUUUCGCAUAUCUCGGAGCACCAUCUUCGAAGAUCAAUGGCAAUUUCUACACACGACAGGUGCGAUUUCCCAUUUCGAUCACAGUCAAUGGAAGUGUAGAGAUCCUCAGGUGCAACAUCCUCCCAAUUCAUAAUGACUUUGCUUGGAACGAAGAAUUCCAACAGAACAAUCAUGAGAUCCGCAAUGAGGUCGAUGAAACUCGGAACAGGAAUAUCCCCCAUUUGUCUCAUUGGCUAAAGACACGUCGGGAUGCAUACGAUUACUGCCUCCUAUCUCUGGAUCUUCGCAAUGUAUGGCCAAAACCUCUAAGUAUCGACAUCCAAGCAAAGAGACCGGACUUGGAUGGUACAUUGGCCAAGGACCUCUGGGAUGAUGCUUUCUCCGUCCAGGAAAUCCUGCAACCAGGCCACAUAAACCGGGUCAUUCUCCUGAUACCGCGUCUCUUCAUCCAAGAUCCAUCCGCGCCCAUACCUAACCUCGACGCCCAGAAGCAAUUCGUGGUCUCAAAAUCCAAGUUAAGCCCUGAAACCGAAGCAGCCAGUCGGGAAUCGUUCUGGUACCGCGAAGAGCUUAUAAAGUGCUUGCGGGGCACAUGGAAAGAGGAACCAUACGGGCGGAAGGGGACUAUCGACCUCAGGAAGGGCAUCAGGUUGAGCCCAAGAAUGGUAGAUGCCCUGAAAUCAGAUCAUGUUGAGAUCGAAUAUGGCCUGGUGCUAGCUGAAAAGCCCGAAUCACCGGAUGGUGAUGAUAAAGCUAUUCAGCAGACAGGGCGAUACCACUUCACGAUGAAGACUGAGUUGUUCGCCACCCUAUCUAUCAAGAUCCACAACCGCACUCGAGACACGCUGAAACUCCUCCUGCGACUUCAGCCCAGUCUUCGAAACCAGCCUCAUAAUAUCGCUCUAGACCUAUCGAGGCGCCUUGCUUGGACUGGAGUUCUUCAGCGUGCCUUGCAUCCUGCAAUCGAACCUGGAGGCCUGUGUGUCGCUGAACUUGGCAUAAUCGCGCUCGCACAGGGUGAUUACGAAAUCAAUGCCUCCCUUGAAGAGAUCAAAGGGUUAAGAACAAAUCCUCCCUCAGUGGGCAGUGGGAGGCGGAUGUGGCAUGCUAGAUCGCCAUGUUUGAUCGAUGCCGUCCACAGGUAGCUCCUGUAGUAUCGUACGCAAUGUAACAUGAUCAGAGAACAGACAGAAC